AUGGAAAACAAGGUCGUUUUCCUACUCUUCCUAGGGGCACUACUAUGCGCCUCGUGGACGGAAGCUUUACCGGAUGAAAGCUUCCUUAUCACAUCGGUGAAUAAGCAGAACCUGCUGAAGGCUUUGCUGCAGCAAGAAUCAACCACCUCCGACAUUGGCCGCCGUGGAUCGGGUCAAAAGGAUGAAGAUGGAUACCAUUACGAUCGCCCGAAGGAUCCUCUGUGUCUGGUAACCGACGGUCCCCACUGUCAGCCAACGAAACCCGACAAUGGCUACCUGCCACCCUGCUCACCUGGCGUGCACGGACCGAACUGUGCGCCAACGGCACCUGUUUGUCCCCAGGGUGGAGUUCCACCGCACUGUUGCACUAAUGGAGGAAACGGACCCAACUGUGUACUUCCCGAUGUUCCGCCCUUGCCGCCGAUACAUGUGCACGGUCACAGCGGAGCACCCAUUGUGCAGGUGCAGACGUUCGUUUACGGAGCCUGCACGAAUGGUGGUACAGGACCACACUGCUGUACAAAUGGAGCAAACACGCCGGACUGCGUCCUAACUGCACCUCCGAUUGUAAUUCCGCCUCCACCGCAACCACCACCAACGAGGCCCCCACCGCCGCCGCCUACUACUACUAGACCUCGUCCACCACCACCACCGCCAACGACACGACCUCCUCCACCUCCCACCACCACUCGUCCUAGACCACCACCAACUACCACAAGGCCGCGUCCUCCGCCUACAACCACUCGUCCGAAACCUCCACCGACGACGACAAGGCCGAGACCUCCACCUACGACGACGCGUCCUAAGCCACCUCCGACGACGACUCGUCCGAGACCUCCACCUACGACGACGCGUCCCAAGCCACCUCCGACGACAACUCGUCCGAGACCUCCGCCAACUACGACACGUCCCAAGCCACCUCCGACGACAACUCGUCCGAGACCUCCGCCAACUACAACGCGUCCUAAGCCACCUCCGACGACGACUCGUCCGAGACCUCCGCCAACUACGACGCGUCCCAAGCCACCUCCGACGACAACUCGUCCGAGACCUCCGCCAACUACAACGCGUCCUAAGCCACCUCCGACGACGACCCGUCCAAGACCUCCGCCAACUACGACGCGUCCCAAGCCACCUCCAACGACGACUCGUCCGAGACCUCCGCCAACUACGACGCGUCCUAAGCCACCUCCGACGACAACUCGUCCGAGACCACCGCCAACAACUACUAAGCCACGUCCACCACCGACAACUACUCGUCCUAAGCCACCGCCAACUACUACUAGACCUAAGCCACCACCUACUACUACGAGACCUCGCCCUCCGCCAACAACAACCCGCCCAAGACCUCCGCCAACAACAACUCGUCCAAAGCCACCACCAACUACUACGAGACCUCGCCCUCCGCCAACAACCACACGCCCUAAGCCACCGCCGACGACAACGAGGCCACGACCUCCACCUACCACUACACGGCCAAGACCACCACCUCCGCCACCAACGACUCCGUAUCCGAUAAUUCCCGUGACGCAACCAUCGGUAGUGUAUCUUGGCUGUCCGAACGGAGGCGUUGGGCCUUACUGCUGCACUAACGGUGGAGUGGGACCGAACUGUGAGGUACCACAGAUUCCAGAAUACCAGGCGUGCGACAACGGAGGACAGCCACCGUUCUGCUGCACAAACGGAGGAGUCGGACCGUACUGCGUGGAGAUUCAGCAAGCGAUCGAGGUCCGUCCACCGACGACCGUCAUUUACACAGACCCGGUAUACCAACCGAUUAGUACGGUCGUGGUGCCACAGGGCAAUCGUCCCAGCGGGCAGGCUCCUUUGCCACAGCAGCCACAAUACCAGCAACAGCCUCAAUACCAGCAACAGCCGCAAUACCAGCAACAGCCGCAAUUCCAGCCACAGCGACCCACCAACGCACCCAGCUACGGUUACCGACCACCAGCGGUGACCAUAGUGGCCAGCUCUACAGCAGCACCGUUCUUUGCCGGGUCACGCGUAGACGCAGGUGGACAAUCGCCGGCAAACGGAUUUGUACAGCCCAUCACGCCGCGUCCGGCACCGGCUGCUCCACCGCCAAGGCCUCCAUCUCCACCCAGAAACCAGAACACUCAGACAAAACAGCCGCAAACGCCACGACCACAAGCAACUCCAGCACCAGCUAGACAGCAACCGUCGGCACGACCGCAGGCACCAGCUCCCCAGCGCCCGAAUGCCGGUACCGGUGGGUUCAACAAAGAUUUCUCCAACAAGACACCGGUGAAACCGGCAUCCGUUGCCGGUGCAGGACAAUGCGAAGGCUCGAACUGUGAGCAUGGUUUCUACUACAAACUCGGCGAUCAGGCGGUCAUAUUUUAG